AUGAUUCCAAGGGAAUACUUCGCCGACCGUGCGGAGCCGGCCGCUGCUGUGGCAAAGGUUGAUCAGUCGAAAGACAAGUGCAUCAAGUUCCUCGAUGCAGCUCUGGAAAAAUACGGCCAGAAGUCGGCGCUGUACAUCUCCUUCGGAACAAUCGCGUGGCCGCUCGUCCCGACCCACAUCCCGACCCUUCUCGAGGUCCUUCUGAAGUUGGACCCACCCAUGCCGUUCAUUUUGACAACACCUGGUUCCGUCAUGGCUCCUCUGCCUGAGGAGCUCAUCGAGCGAGUUCGUGCAUCCGGUCGAGGGCUUAUUGUGGACUGGGCACCUCAGCAGGCUAUGUUGUCACACCCUGCCCUUGGCUGGGUGUUGACUCAUGCCGGUGGCAACACGAUCUACGAAUGCAUGACCCAAGGCAUCCCGCUCAUCGCCUGGCCGUUAUUCGGAGACCAACCUACCCACGCUCUCUGGCUGAGCCAGGUCAUCCAGGUAGCGUAUGAGCUCGUACAGACGCGGACAGGCAAGGGUGCGCAGAACGCCUACCGAGGGGGGUUGACGGGCACUGAGAUCAAGGGUACGGACGAUGCAUUAAAGGAGGAGAUUGAGCAUGUGUUUGCCCUUGUCAGGGGAGAGGAUGGCAAACGGAUUAGGAGGAACGCAGAGAAGGCGAGGGAAAUCAUUCUAGAUGCAGUCAAGCCCAGUGGUCAGAUUCCUCAACAUCUCGACAUGCUGAAGAAGUACAUGUAA